GGAAAAAAACAACACUCUAGUCGUUGACCCGAACAUGCCGAAGUCCACAGCAAACAAAAUGGAAAAAUUGUGUCCGGCAAUUUUUGGAAUAGUUGCAUUAGUUUUAUUGUGUACAGGAGCAUUCUCUCCUGGGUGGUUAGUAAUGGAUUUGGCUGAACUUCAGGGAUAUAGUGGAGGAAGUUCACUAACAGUACAUCUGGGAUUGUAUUAUGCUGUUCUUACAGGGAAUGGCAUCAGAGUUACAAUAACAUAUGGUGAAGCCCCAGAAUUGGAAAAAUAUAUAACAACUCACCUUCUUGAAUACCAGAUAGAAACUAUCAUUGGGUUUGUCCUAUGUUUUAUAUCAAUUAUAAUAACUUUUGCUUACAGCAAAACAGGAUCAAUUGGUGUUUUGAUUGCUCCUAUCAUAUUGUACAUGUUAGCAGGAAUGAUAACUUUAAUGGCAGUUGGGCGUUGGCUUACCAAAGUGCUGUUGGAAGCGAGAGAAUACGACGUAACAUUAACCGUACCAUACUCUAUAAUUUUUAGUGGUCUUGGUGCUGUUUUCUGUGUGGUCACCAUGAUUAUUAUUAGCCGCAUGCUAUGCAAAUACAACGCAGUGGGCCAACCUCAAGAUGACCAGGAGUCAUCAGAAAUUUCAGAGGAAAGUUACCAACAAGUACAGCCGAAACCGAAAGUCACAGCUUCAAUGGGGCAAACACAGGAUAUUGAUUUGACCACUGUUUUGGCAUACCUAACAAAUCUUAAAAAUAGAGAUGAGAUGUACGCGUACGCCAACUAAUUUGUAUGCAUCACAACGUAUACUAUAUAACGUAUAGCAAAUUAGUAAUUAUACUUAUUGAUAAGUAAUGUAUUUCCACAAUAUAAUAAUCAAAAUGAUGCAUUUUACCAAUUACAUUGAUACAGUAGAUUGCUUACUAACAUUUAUUCUACUGUAUUUCAUUUUUGUCCUUAAUUUCAAUGUUACAAACAAAGAACAUCAAAUCGAAAGACUCUAGGUCUUUGUUAUAUAUGGUGUAUGAUUAUAUCGCUUUACCUAUAGCUAUACAUGUACAUUAAGAAGGGCCAAAACCCGUAUUUUAUGUCUACGCACGCUUCCAAUUAAAAUUGAUGA